AUGGAGACCACGCUGGAGCCCCUGGACCCGGCCCUGGUGAAUCCUGUGGUGAAGCCGGAAUCGCUGGACCCCUGUGUGGACUCGCAAGGCCGGUACAAGGUGGUCCCCUCUGUGGUCUGCUCCAUGUGCUGCCUGUUCGGAGUCAUCUACUGCUUCUUUGGUUACCGCUGCUUCAAAGCCGUGCUGUUCCUGACCGGGCUGAUGUUUGGCUCUGUGGUCAUCUUCAUGCUGUGUUAUAAGGAGCGUGUGCUGGACACGCAGCUGAGCGUGGAGGCCGCCGCGGGCAUUGGCCUGGGCAUCGGCACGCUCUGCGGCUUGGUCACCAUGCUGGUGCGCUCCGUGGGGCUCUUCAUGAUCGGCCUCCUGCUGGGACUGCUGGUUGCCUUGGCAACACUGGUGGGCAUGGAGGAGCUGUCCGACACGCCGCCGCGCUCCGUGUGGGUUCCUCUGGGCGUGCUUCUUGGUCUCGGAAUGAUCUUCGCGGUCCUCACACUCCAGUGGCAGCGUCUCUUCACCACUCUCUCUACGGCGGCGUUUGGAGCCGCCAUCAUCACCGUGGCGACGGAUUACUUUGUCGAGCUGUUUGCGCUGGUGCUUUACGUUGGCGAGCGACUGAAGGCCACACCCGCCGCUCCCGUCUGCUGGGUCACAUGGGCCGUUCUGGGGGCGUGGCCUGCACUCACCGCCAUCGGGGUCCUCGUGCAGUGGAAGCUCACUGCAGAGGGGUACUCACACACCAAAGUCAUCAUUAGUCGUCAACAGCGGCGGAUGCAGGUGAUGCGGAUCCGGCAGCGAGACGACCGCUACCGACACAAGAAGAAGAAAAAGACGGCGAGUGCUGCCAUGGCAACCCAGGGAAAGAUGGCCGCCGUGGCCGAGCCGGUGUACAGGAGGAAACCCAACCCCAUCCGGCGCUACGACACCGACGUGCUGUCACCGAGUUACAUCCAAAGUUUCCGGGAACGGCAGGUGCAGGCUCAGCCCUUCCCUUCGCGUCUCGUGCUCGACUUGGCCUCUGGACCUCAGCUUCAGGCCUGA